AUGGGUUUAGAACGCAAUUUCGCGGGCGACCACAAGGCGCACUUGGGAUAUUGGGGUCCUCCAACGUCUGUCGCUAACUUCUGUGAAGAAGACUACGCCAUCACUCUCUACAUCGGCGAGUUCGUCAACAGCUUCACGAAUCUUGCAUACGUGUACUGGGCAUUUCGGACUCUGCUACCCGGAGAGUCCCUCCUCACUCAACCUUCCAAUCUUGCCCUCUUCUUUGUCGGAGUUUUCUCUCUGGUUUUCCAUCUCACUCUGAAAUAUGAGACCCAGGUUUGCGACGACCUCUCCAUGUUCUGGGUCUGUGCCGCUCUCGUCUACGAGCUCUACACCCUUGGCUGGUCCAAGCCAGCAAAGUUGGCAUUCGGUUCGAUCCUGACCGCUGUUCUCGGCGUCAUCAGUGCCUACCAUUACGCGCUCCAUCAGCUGUGGUUGCACAACAUCACGUUCAUCGCCCUGGUCACGGCGAUUUGGCCGAGGGUGUUAUAUCUAAUCCGAACGCGACUCCAAGGCGAGAAGAAGCGGUAUUGGACCAAGCAAUUCCGGGUGGGAGGCUUGUGCUUCCUCAUGGGAUUCGUGGUGUGGGUCAUCGAUGGAGCUUAUUGCGGCGCUCUUCGGGAGACCAGAAAAUCGCUGGGCAUUCCCCUUGCCUUUGCCCUGGAACUGCACGGAUGGUGGCAUAUCCUGACGGCCCUCGGAGCGGGUUACUGUAUUCGGGUGACCAAGGUCUUGACCCAAGCACAUGCGUCUCCCAGAACCGGCCGUUCUCAUGCGGUCGCCUCGCUUAUGCUAUCACUGGCACUAGUCCUUCGUCAACCAAGGAGGCAGCCAAAGAGACUGGCGCCAAAGCACCUUCAAUCAAAGAGAAACUACCGGAUCUCCGAGCGCACGCCUUUUCGCUUUCGAGAGUUUGACCUAGAAGGCAAAGUGUUCGUGGUAACGAGCGGGGCGCGGGGAUUAGGUUUGGCUUUGGCGGAAGCUCUGAUUGAGGCUGGAGGACAAGUCUACUGUCUCGACCAGCUACCAGAACCUGACAAGGAAUUUGUCUCGGUCCAGGAACGCCUGGGCCUCAGGUAUGGAGGCGGCUUGAAAUACGACAAGGUGGAUGUCCGCGAGGUGGGCAAUUUAGACCGGGUUAUUGAGGAGAUUGCCGCGCACCAUAGUCAACUGGAUGGCUUGGUCGCGGCCGCUGGAGUGCAAAAUGUGACUCCCGCCUUGAACUACACGCCGAAAAGAUCAAGAAGAUGA